CGUUGCUUUUCGAGCAGUGGUCGACCCCGUAUCGCCAGCCAGUGGCGAGUGUUUUGUGUGUGCGCUAGACUAUAAAGCCAACGAUCGUGUGGUGGAGCCAGCUUUUGACUCAAUUUUCCGGAAAUUAUUCGGCCCCUCGGGUGGCCCCGUGUGCGAAAAACGGUUCGCGAAGUUGUUCUCGACGUCGUGAUCCAGUUGGUGGCCGGUUUACGCGUCCGUCAGGUGUGUUUUUUCAAGGCCGAUGAUGAUCGCUCUACUGGUCGUCGUCGUCAUCGUCGAAAAGUACCUAGCUCGGUUGGCAGGCUCGGUUCCAGACCGCGUUUGAAUUUAGAAGCAGGAAACCUCCUUCUACCGAACGGAUUCAGUGAAAAGCCAACAGUGCAUCAAAAUAAGUGAAAAUUUCGUGACAAAAGGCCAGAGCCCAAGUUAGCGGUAGGAAGAAGAGUGUAUUUCAGUAAGUGUAGAGCAAAGUGCGUGAAAAGGAGCGAAUUAAAUGGUUGUUAGUUGAAAAUUGAAGAAGAACCCCAAAUCGGAAGAGAACAAGUGCGAAAGAGUAGUGAAUGACAUCGAGUGACAGCCAAAGUCGUGUGUGGCAGAAGCAUAACGAGAAGACGGCGAAGCGAAAACGAGAAACUGUGUGUAAAUAGAGAAACAGGACGCGAAAUGCGACUACAACAGGUGCUGAAGAAGAACGAUGGUCGAUUCUGGUCCGCUGGUUGUCGCUGAGGAUGUCCAUCGUCAACGUCAGCGGGAAAUCAACGGCAACAAACACAGCGACCAGAGUCCGGACCUGCAACGGCAGGAUCAACUGGAAGUGCUAAAGAUGAAUAGCGCCGAACAUGUGGAAGAUGCAGGAACAUCGUCAUCGCCGGAAAUUGUAGAAGAACUGGAUGAUCUAGGGCUCGGCAGGAAAAAGAGUCAAGAAGAAGUGAUUGUGGUUUCUGAAGAAGACGAAGAAGAAGAGCUGUCCAAGAAUGGUGGUGGUGGAGAAACGACAAAUGGUCCAACCAGUCUCAUAAUGGGGGGAUCAUCUAAUACCGAAGAAGAAUCAAUUCUGAACAACUGCCGGGAAGAAAAUAGUGUAGAUGAAAAGCGGACAACACCAAGUGUUGAUGGCACGGUUGAUGACGAUCUGGAGGUGAUAGAGAUACCAUCGACACCUCCGCCACUGUCGUCAGAAGUGGCCACUGGGAACGAGGCUAGCAACAAAAUUGUAAAUAAUAACGAUAGCAUUGCUUUGAAGCACAAACUCACAGGUGCUGUGGAAGGUAAGACUGCCAACAAUAACGUCGUUCUGCAAAACUGUGUAGGUCGGACAACGCAAGAAUCUCCAAAAGAAGGUAACCAUAUCCCUUCCAAGCAUUCAUCUGAGAUGGGUGUUUCCGAGGAAAGCCGAAAGGUUGAACCCUUGAAGAUCAAUCUUCAUCGGGAGCCCAUCAGAACUAUAAUCAAACUGCCACCGGGCACUGGUUCCGGAUCAGACCAUCAACCCAGCUCUCCAAAGAUUACGAUCAAACCGUUGAAACCUCCGCCAAAUGUGGACGGAACCCAGGUCAACAGCAUUCCUAAGCUUACGAUCAAACCAGUGGUAAAUCCCGAUGAAGCCAGCAGCGAACAAAUGCAAAUCAUUCCCAAAUUGCACAUCAAAAAUUCUUCGCUGGAUAAUUCCGGUGGCGAUGGGCCCGAACCACACAUUGUGCCUAAGUUGACGAUACGUGCCGUAAACCACAGUAGCCCGACGAUAGCAGGAAGUUCCGGAUCUGCCAGUAACGAUACGUCAAGUUCUGCAACUCACAACUCCUCCAACUCGUCCGUGUCUAACUCGCCUCCCAUGGUUCCUAAGCUCACGAUUAAAAAAGACAACCAUCAUCACCACAGCAGUCACCACCAUCACCAUCAUCAUCAUUCACACCACAAUAACCGGUUGGUUAGCAAGGAGGAUGAUCCACCGGCCAUUCCAAAGCUACACAUAAAAGCAAUACCGGAACCAACGGCGUCCUCCACUCAGAGCUCAUCCGGAUCCGCCUCCGGACCAGUACUAACCAGCUCCGAAGGUGUCAAACUCACCAUUAAACCCAUUCCGGAACCUCCUCUACCGAAACUCACAAUCAAGACGAGUUCCCUGGAUUCCAACGAUGCCUCGGUGGUUUCAUCGACGAGUAGCAGUUUCUCGCCGAAGCUCUCAACCCCUCCGCCAGCAUCUCCGAGUGAUCAGCACUCCAACAUUACGUCGACUAUUCCGAAACUCACAAUCAAGCCUAUCCCUAAGCCACCACCGGUCAUUCCACGGGACCCAUCGGAAGUCCCGAUCCCGAAACUCACAAUCAAACCGAUGCCUCCGAAGCCACUCGCUUCCGAGGACAGCUGCUCAAGUGAAACCAGUAUUAAUUCACUAGAAUCCUCACCAAUCUCAUCAUCAUCGUCAUCGUCGGCUCCCAGUUCGGCCAUCAGCUCUCCUUCCGUAGUUCCCAAGCUGACCAUUAAAGUCCCAAAGGAAAACGAUAGCGUCGUGACGUCUCUACCGCAAAUCACCGGCGGGUCCACCACGACCACUACCACUAGCACACCCACGACCCAGACACCAACUAUCCCAGUCGUGAAGAAGCUGAACAUUAAGCCAAUGCCACCGCAACCGAAGGAAACGCCCAAGGAGGCUACACCACCUCCGGACGACGAUGUUGUGGACGUUACGGAAGACGAUAUUUACGAGCCAGUGACGAUCAACAUCGAUCUAGAAGAACCGGAACCAUGCAUAAUUCCAAAGUUCACCAUCAAAACAAUCUCAACGGAUUCCUCGGAAAACAGCUCAGCGCCAAAAGUGACACUUAAACAGGUACCGAGUCCCGAUCCGAAGACACCUUCUCCACCACCACCACACGACCCGUCCACCGCGAAUAGUGAACAACAGCAACCUCCGGAAGUGACGACUAGCAGUUCUGGCUGCGAUUCACCACGGAUCAUUCUGAAAAUCAACAAAGGUAGCUCUUGCACGACAACUAGCGCAGCACAAAGCAUACCGGCUGUCCCAGAGAAAGAGGAACCUUCUGCGAACAAAGUAGAAGAACCCGUCAAUGACCUGAAACGAUCGAUUCCCGAAAAAUCAUCGCCGGAUCCAACUUCCGACGUGCCAGAAGUGAAGAAAAUCAAACUAAACCAUCAGUCGGUCAUUGUGCCCAAUCAAGUGGCCACCAAGAUGCCGCCAACCGUCGAUAAUGACGUAAUUGUGAUAGACGACGAUAGCAAGUCGGACAUGGGAGAAGAACCGACUCCGGCUUCGGAAGACGUUCGAACGGAAAAAGCUCGGACACCUUCACCCUUAAUAGAAAAACCCAAACCGGAAGUGACUCCAACUACGAAAGUCGUUGAAACUCCAGGAAACGUCGUACCCCAAGAAGAUAGUAACAAACUGAAGGAGAUGUUAAUUAUGGCCAAACGGCAACGAGCCAAGACCCCAACUCCUCACAUGGAACCCCGUCCCAGGCGGACAGCGGCCAUGCACGCAAUUCCAGCUUCGGUGCUUUUGAGGAGAAAUCCCACUGUGCCGACACCACCGGUUGCAGUUCCGGUGAUACAAUCACUCCCGGAAGCUGUUGAACCCGUUUCCAACAAUAUUACCAGUGUCCUCCUGCUGGAAAACGACGGAGGGUCAAGUUCCGAUUGUAUGAUCAUCGACGACCCAUUGACGUUAGCGGAGAAGAACGGAACAUCGAGUAACAGCAACAGUAGUAGCUUCAGCAGUGUCACCCCCGUUCAAUCCGUUACUACUACUGUUCCGAUCACGAGCGAUUCUCCAACAACGGUUCCCCCAACGAAGGUUCGCAUGAGCACCCGAAGCGGAACUUCUGGAACCGUCCCAUCGCCGAAGGACACAACUGUGAUUAGCCAGAAACCUCCAGAUAAAGAUUCGGGUUUGGAUGAAGGCAAGCCAGACCUGGAUGAUGCCCCGCCACCUGCCAAACGACCACGUGGACGUCCCAAGAGGACUGCCCUCGCCAGCACGAAAGAGACCGAUGAAAUCGUAGUCGACGAAGAAACGCAGGAAACCGACAGCAGCAAGCUGACAUUGACCCUCAGUUUGGAAGCGAACGGCAACACCAGCUCGUCGGAGCUUCCGCCGAUGCAGCCGCUGUCGUUGUUUUCCAAAGAGAACCCCUGUCGGGUUUCGCCGCGGGUGCUUCUGAAACCGUUGACCCCGUCCCGGCUGGAUCCGAAACCGCCGGCUUCGCCGUUGGUGGUCAACACCACGACCAUGGCGUCGACCGACUCUAUCGAUGUGGAAGAAUCGACCUGUUCGUCGUCGAAGGAUCCCCUGAACGGGGUGGAAUUGUCCCGCAAGGAAGAUUCCACCAGCCCGGAGGUUCCGGAAGUCGCCAAAGAGCCGGAACCAGUUACACCCAGGCCCCGUGGAAGAGGUCGUGGUCGAGGACGCGGACGAGGUCGAUUUGCUGCAGUAACCCAAAGCGCCCGCGCAGUUCUGAUCCAGGAUGAUACCAAUGAAACGGAAACGCCGCUGUCUUUACGAUCCGCCUUUGCUGAUGUGGUGGGAUCAGCUCCUCCCAUCCGCCGGGGCCGUGGUAGUAGAGGCGGUCCGGGCAGUAGAGGUGGCCGUGGCAGCCGAGGAGGCCGUGGUGGUCCCGGAAGCCGAGGCGGUCCCGGAAGUCGUGGUGGUCCUGGUAGUCGUGGUGGUCCAGGCAGUAGAGGAGGGCGUGGCAGUAGGGGAGGUCGUGGAGGUAGUCGCGGCCUUGGCCGAGGACGUGGUCGUGGUCGCGGUCGAGGAAGCCGCGGUGGUCGCGGUGCACGAUCCAAUUCCGGCAGUCCCAUGAAGUACGGUUCGCCGGAAUUUAGCGCAUUCAUGACACCGGACGGAAUGGAAAUCCAUCGACGGAAACUGCAACUGUCAACACCUGGUAGUCACAACUCCUCCGGGCUUCAGCUGUUCGAGGAGGACACCCGCAUGAGCGCAGACUUUACCUUCACUACACCGAUGCGAUUGAUCAGCACCGGCCCGAUGGGACCGUACGGUAUCAACGAGGAAUCGCAAAGUUCGUAUCUCAGCAGUGCCAGCGCAACGCAGGAUGGGGCAUCGACGACGGUUCACGGAAGCACCCGGAAACCGAAAGCCAAAAUGGAAGUAGUCGACGUCAAUGGACAAAUGGAGUUCUCCGUUGAGUUCAUAGCCGAGUACGAGUGGCCUCCACCAACGGCAGCCAAUGCCCGAGGGCCUAGCGACUCGUACAUGAUCCAGGAGCAAAUCGCCGAGUAUCUCGGAGUGAAAAGCUUCAAGCGGAAAUAUCCGGAUUUGAUGCGACGACCGGUCGAUAUGGAGGAAAGGAACUACAUCAUGGAGCGGGGUCUCGCAUCGGAAAAAAUGUGUGACCUCGGGCUGACCGCGGUCUAUGCUUCGGAAAUCCUGGACAUCAUGUGCAAUGACUAUCCGGAGAAGUACGAAGAGUACAAGCGGUACCAGAGGGAGAAGCACUACCGGGAUCGACAAAAGUACCUACAAAAAGCAGCGGCGGCAGUGGCCAUCGCCAUGGAAGACGUCGACAAGAGCCAGUUGCUGAAACGGAAAGCCAUGCAGUCAGCCGCCAGCUGGAAUGUUAGCAUGAAUAAAGAACGAAAGGAAACCCGCCAAUCGUGUAUGGAUCUUCAAACGUACGUGGUGCAGGUACCACGGGAACAACGGUUACAAACGGAGCCUGCCGGUCCGGAGAAGCACUAUCCCGUUGCGUUGGUGCCAGGCCAAUUCUCCGAACCUUAUCGUACCUACACACCGGAAGAGCUAGCAUGCUAUCCCAUCAACACCGCACUAUUAAAUCCAUACCAACUUCGGGAAAUCCUGCGUUCGGAUAGUUACCGCAAGCUGCUGGCGGAAGUCGCUUCGGAAAGCGAAAGUAGUAGCAGUGAUGACAGUAGUAGCGAUGACGAGGACGAUUCGAGCAGUGACCACAGCGACGGAAGCGAAUCCGGCUCGGAUUCGGACUCCGCUAGCUGCUCGACUGAUUCUGAUGACUCCGACGUACCGCUAAUAAGGACACCGAGCAAGAAACCACCCACGACCAGCCCAGGAGCCAGUCCUAGCAAUAGUAGGUUUAGGCCACCUCCGCCAAAAACCAGUUUGCCACCACCACCACCCGCUUCGAUCUCUUCCAUCAAGUCCGAAGAAUCCAACAAACCUAAAGUGAACCCGUAUCUAUGUUCGGUUUGUCAGGGACCGCAAAACCGAAACCAACAGCACAAACCGGAACGUUUCAUUCGCUGUUCGAUCUGCAGGCGAAGAGCUCAUCCGUCCUGCAUUGACAUGUCGGCGAAAAUGUUCAAACGCGCCUCGGAAUACCCGUGGCAAUGUUUCGAGUGUAAAUCCUGCCAAAAGUGCCACCGCCGACAGAAUGUCUCCGUUGCUGCAACGGUGGACAACCCUGCCGUUGCUAGCACUGCUACAACGACUACGACGACGAUUACCACGACGACCGCUGCCAACCGGAAGAUGGUAUUCUGUGAUCAGUGCGACCGGGGAUUCCACCUGACCUGCAUUGCGUUGCGAAAUGUUCCCGAUGGCCGGUUCCACUGUACCGUAUGUUCGAUAUGCAACCGCUGCGGAGCACGCAGUCCCGAGGGUCAUCCGAACCCGUACCUAACGCCGCAGCAGCGGGAAAAUCUGGCCAUGGUUGCCAACUGGACCCACGAAUAUGCCACCAACGAGCUCACCCGGAUACGGGAGCACGUCCUAACGCUGUGUGUACCCUGCGUCCGGCAGCGAAAGUUCCAGGAGGAUGAACGGCAGCAGCGGUUACAACAGACGACGACGACGACAACCACGUCAACGACGGACGCCGACAAGGCUGCAGACAGGACGUCAGGCGAGAACAACAGCAGCAGCAGUACUAGUAGUGGUGACAACAAGAACAUCCACAUAAGAAGCAGUAACAGUGGUAGUAGUUCUAGUAAUAGUAGUAAUAGUAAAAGUAGUGUUAAAAAUAGUGGCUCUGGUUCGUCGAAAAGCGGCACGAGGGAACCGACGGCGGCGAAAAAUACCGGUGCACCCCCUCCGAAGCCACCGGCAUCGUCGAAGUCCGCCGUUGCUUCGGUGAAAGGAUGAAAGGGCGGCAGCAGCGCGCGUCUGCAAUUAGGUAAGGAUCAAUAAUUAAAGACUUUCUGUUUUUAAGUUCGGCUUGUGUGUGUUCCCAUUUGCUGCGGUGCACACACAGUGGUCGUUUCGUCGUAGAGUUCAAAAAUCGAAUUAAUUUGUACAAAAAUCAAAGUUUACGUUAAGAGACAGAGAGAGAGAGAGUACAUUGUGGUAAGAGGACAACAGGUUUUGUUACGUCGUUUGUCUAGGUUUAUCCUCUUUAGGUAAAAUAGUGUUUCGGACAUUUAGUUUUGGCGUAUUACUUCCGGUGGUGUGUCCUUCCAAUGGAGAGUGCUUGCAACUCUAGAGGGCGUAUCCGUUUCGUCUAGUUCCGUUUUCAGGAACUGAGUUGUGUGUAAAAUGUUUGGUAGAAAAUUGUUUGACCAUGAUAUAUUGAUGUUUCAGUUGAUUUGAGACCUUAAAUUCAGCAAUACAGCAUGUACCGUUGCGUUGCGUUCGAUUUGUGUAAGAUGCCAUCAUUUUUAGAAAGACGUUUUUAUGAAAUGUCUUACCGUCAUGACUUUCGAAGUGUUUAAGUUAUCAUUAACGUUGCAAAAAAGUGAGUCAAAAAUAUAUUUAAAUGUGCGAGUUGUGAAAAUGUUGAGUGAUUUUUGGUUCGGUACACCCGAAUUGGAUGGCAUUCGAAAAAAAAUAUUUUAAAACGUAAUUUGCAUUGUCCAUUUCAUUUAUUUUUCAUAUGCAUGACGCAAAUUCGCAAUUUUAGUAGCUGU